UGACAAAUUCCAACAAGUGCGUCUUUCUUUCUUUCUCUCUCCUCACUUUUUCAACUCAUUCUUUCUUUCGAGCAUCAAAAUCCAGGUGUCCACUCUCUCCUCCCACCUGGACUGCACAGUGCACGUCCCCAACACCACUCUCUCUCUCUCUCCUCUCCACUCCGCCGCGGCCGCCGCCGUCUAAGCCAAUGGCGGUGAAUGCAAAACCAACCCACCACCACUUUAUGCCACCAAUUUCCAUUGACAUGUCAUCCCUCACUCACUCCGAACUCCACUCCCUCUCUCUCCUCUCUUCCGACACCAUUUCUAAUUCCUCCUCCGCCGCCACCACCACAACAACCGCUGCCAGCUCUAAAUUCUACAUCAACCCAUCUCUCAGCACUCACCAACAAACCUACUCCCUCUCUCCUCACCCUCGCCGCCACCGUUUCUCUCUCCUCAACAAAGAACGGUUUGAAUCCAACUUGAUCGUCACCCUCCUCAAAAAACACCUCCAUUUUGACGAUUCUACCCCUGAUGAAAAACCCCCCAAAAAGAAGAGAGAGGGCGAGAAUGAGAAUGAGAAUGCGACGGUUGAGAUUGUCAACAGGAAUGGGGUGGUGGUCGACUUGGCGGCGUUGGAGGAGAGUGAAAAUGACGGUGGUCCAUUUGCGGAGGAGCUGAGGAAGAGGGCAGGGGAAAGAGUGAAGCAGGAGGAAUUGUUGGAGGUUUUGGCCGCCAUGGAAGGAGAAUGGUGUAGCAGAAGGAAGAAAAGGAGGGUGGUCGACGCUUCUUCUUUAGGCGACGCUUUGCCUGUUGGUUGGAAACUUAUCAUCGCUUUGCGACGGAAAGGCGGCCAUUUUUUCCCUUAUUGUCGCCGUUAUAUCAGUCCAACAGGAGAACAACUUCUGUCUUGUAAGGAGGUAUCUUCUUAUUUACAAUCUUACUUUGGGAUAAAUGAUGUUCAACUGGUGAGGGACAGUAGGGUUGAAUCUCAGCAACUGCAAACAGUAGAUUCAGUCAAUGAUCGUCAACUUAUGUGCAUAAAUUAUGGGGAUGGCAACUUCAUGCUGGACCUUUCGAAUUCACCUAUACAUAGUGCAUGUGCUUCUAUGGAACAUGAGAUGGAGGCUUCAAUUUUGGGCAUUGAAAAUCUACCAGAUGUUUGCGUAAGUGACCUAUAUGAAUGUCACUCAUGUAAUAUAAGUUUUGAUGAAAAGGAUAAAUAUUUGCAGCACAUGUUUACACUUCAUCAAAAGACAACAAAACGGUACACUCUUGAUUUACCCGUGGAAGAUAAAGUAGUUAUUAAAGAUGGAAAAUCUGAAACCCAGAAGAAAAAGAAGAAACGCAGAUUGGGUUCGUCCGUGUCAGAUGGAGUAAUUAUGAAAGAUGGAAAAUAUGAAUGCCAAUUUUGUCACAAAGUGUUUGAAGAAAGGCGCCGGUAUCUGGGCCAUGUGGGAAAUCACGUUAAGGGCUCUAUCAAAACCCCUAAGGAUUUACUUGAUCAACUGAAUGGCCAUACACGUGCUCUUUGCAUGGAGAGUUCACCACCCGGGAUGAGCAACUCGAGAAUGGAUGCUUUGGUUGAAGUUGCUCAAAAUUCAAUUCAGGAAAUUGGUGGCCCGGUGUUUGAGAAAGAGAUUUCCAGUGUUGAUAAUGUUGAUCAACUUAGUGUGCCUGAAAAAUCUCAAUCUACUGUUCUAAAGUCUAAAGAGAAUUCAAGUUCCUGCCAUAAUGGAUUAAAUGCGGGAAAACACUACAGUGAAGGCAACAAAAUUUCUGGAAAGUUGUAUCCUUGUAAUCUGGUUGGCCGGAUGUCAAGUGCUUGUCCUAAUGGAACUGCAACAGGAAAGGCUUUUGAGGAAGGUAAAUUGUCAUCCAUAGAACUGUAUCCACCAUGCAAUAGAGUUAAUGAGAUGUCUAUGACUAAUUCAAAUGCCAAGCACUUAGAUCCUUGCUUCAGUAAACGUGGAGGGGUGGACAUCGGUGUAGAAGAAAUUCCAUCCUUAGAAUUGAAUCCGCAGGCUAAGAUGGGAGAGAUACCGAGGACUGAUGAAAAUAUUAACGUCCCAACUGAUUGUCCUGAUGUACAUGAAAUACAAAAGGAUGCUAGAAAAGAUGAAACUCUGUCUAUGGAGAUAAAUCCACUUGCUAAAAGGAGAAAGAUGUCCACGACUGAUGGAGAGAUUAAUUGGCAGUCUUCAACCUGUAAUAUAGUAGCUUCUGAGAAGAACUCUUGCUCUGAAAUGCCGAUGACACCUGCUGCUUUAAGCAGCUUUGCUGAAAAUGUCAGAUGCAAUUCUACCACUGCUGAUGACAUGGCAUCUGCUGAUAAUCCUAAUAUCCAUGGCUUGUGGUACAAUGAGAAAGCUUCUGAUCUUGAUUCUUCUGGAAAACUUACUCAAUUGGAUGUACAUAAAGCUGAGCCCGAACUUGCACAAAAAUAUGAUUCUACUGAUCUUGUUACUGUUUCUGCUACAAAUCAUAUGUCAGACUGUGCGAUGUUGCCGCCAGUGCCUCAAAUACCAUUGAAUUCUUCGUCAACAUUUGAUGAAAUAUUUGAAAAGGCAGGACAGGAUAUAUGCAGUCUUGAUCAGAAUCUUGAAAGUGUGGGUGGUCUUGAAUACUUGAAGUUGGAUGUCAUAGAACCUCAGAUGUACAAAUACAAUGGUAUGAGUCGAGAAGAUACAAUCUCGUUCUACGAGGUUUCCAUGGAUAUGGGAAAUGAUAUUGAGUUAGGACUUGGUGUGGAUGAUGAUUCUCUAAAAUCUCAAUCAGAAUUUCCACAAGAAAUGGCUCACAGUCACAGAUGUCUGACUACAACUGUAUGUGUCUGGUGCGGGGUAGAGUUCGCUCAUGAGAUAACUGACAUUGAACCACAACCAGAUUCCGUUGGCUUCAUGUGUCCAGCUUGCAGGGCUAAGAUCUCCAAGCAAUUCAAUGAAUUGGAAAGUAACUUCUCCUUGAGUUCUCACCUCUUUUAACUGGGUUUUCCCUUCAUCUAAACCCACUGCCUUUUCUUUCUUUUCUUUUAAUUUUUUUAGUAUAGACAUUAUUGUACAGGUAGUUUGUGUUUUUACAAGAAGGCUCCCUCUUGCUUUCUAGUUAGCAAAUAAGUUAGUAAGUGUUUUGUAAUUGUGUUAGAUCUUGUUUUAGACGAUGGUUUAUAGAAAAUUAUAACCUCAUGGCUCUAUAAACUGCUCUUCUAUUUUUCA